AUGCUCUCCCCCGCAGCUGCACUCCGCCCUGGACCCGCGAAGCCCGCCCUGCUGCUGCUGUGCUGUGUGGGGACGUGGCUGUCCACCCUCGCAGGCCCCCUCCGUGGACCGUCGCUAUGUGACACAAAGACUAUCCUGGAGAAUUUACAGUUCGAGGCCAACAACCUCAAUAAACACUAUGAACUGGGGGAGCGGGGGCUGCCACCGUCUGAAGGGGAGAGCCACUGGCUGCCCUGCUUCACCCCCGGCCCACAAGCGGCCAACAACAUCUCAGUUAUUCAGGCCUAUUUCCAGAAAGUCAAGAAGCUCAGCCUUGAGCUCAACCAUCAAACCUAUCAGAAGGAGCUGGACGUGAUCAUCAAGCGCCUCCACGAUCUCAGAUACGAAGAUUCACCUGAGCCAAGCAUUUCUGGAACCCCCGAUCAGAAUAUUGACAAGAAACAAUUCAUCCGAGCUGUUUUCCGAGAGUUCUCCAAGUGCAUGAACACAACUUACAAAGCCUUCGAGGAGAAACUGAAAGCGGAGGGCAAAGACUGCGCACGAAAGAGGCAGCGUCGCCUCCAGUGA